AUGAAAGCCCUGAAGCCAUACUACAAUGUGAUAGUGAAAAAUGCCAAAACAUACGGACGGUUUUUUGAGCCACUGUAUUUCAUUGAUGGCGAACAGCAGGAGCAGGAAGAACAAACCAUUCGGGCAUUUGAGGAAGCGGCGCUCUUUACACGUAUGGUUGCUGAUCACGACACAGAACGUGCUUCCCAGGAUCAAGAGUUCAUUGCUGUGAUCCAACAGGACGAGCUUGGCAUCUUUCUUCCCUUGGACCCAUCGGCUUCAGACCUCGACAAUGCUGACACACGCUCUAUCGGAGAUCCCCGCAACUUUGAUCAUCCAUCUGUCGGAGACCGUCCUGAGAAUCAGCUGGUGAUAGGGGAGUGA